AUGUCUUCCCUCUCCACCGACUUCAGCCGGCUCCACGGGGCGCGUGUGUUCAUGACGGGCGGCUCGCGUGGUAUCGGUCUGGCCAUUGCCAAGGUCCUGGCCUCGCACGGCGGACGGGUGGCCAUUGCGGCCAAGACGGCUGCGCCGCAUCCCAAGCUGCCGGGCACCAUCUACACAGCAGCCGCCGAGAUUGAGGCAGCAGGCGGCGAGGCGCUUCCGCUGGUGUGCGAUAUCCGCGAUGAGAAGGCUGUGCAGGCUGCGGUGGAUGCGGCAGUGGCGGCCUUUGGCGGCCUCGACGUGGUCAUCAACAACGCCUCGGCCAUCCAUCUCUUCGGCACUCUCGAGACGCCGCUCAAAAAGGUCGAUUUGAUGUACCAGGUCAACACUCGCGGGACGUAUGUGACCACCCGGGCCUGCCUCCCGCAUCUGCUGGCGGCCGGCGGCGGGCACGUGCUCAACAUCUCGCCGCCGCUCAACAUGGACGCCAAGUGGUUUGCCCCGCACACCGCGUAUACGAUGGCCAAGUACGGCAUGUCGAUGUGCGUGCUGGGCAUGGCCGCCGAGUUUGCAGACGCCGGCAUCGCCUUCAACGCCCUCUGGCCCAACACCGCCAUCUACACCGCCGCCGUUGCCAUGAUCUCGGGCGAGUCGUCGCGGGCGCACUGCCGCAACGUCGACAUCAUGGCCGACGCCGCUGCCGUCAUCCUCGCCCAGCCACCGGAGAAGUGCUCGGGCAACUUUUUCGUCGACGAGACCGUCCUCCGCAUGGUCGGCGUGACUCAGUUUGACAAGUACGCGUGCGUCCCGGGCACGACCUCGUUCCUCCCGGACUUUUUCCUCAACGACGACGACCUCCGUCCGCCCACCGCCGCCGAAAUGGCCGAUCCGACGGGCGAGAAGACGCGGUCGCGCAAGGGCGAUUCCCGUAAGGCCUCACUCCAGCUGCCGUCCAAGCUGUAACGACUUGUUUUAUGCUCCGUGCUAUUGCUGCAGCCGCGCAAAGCCGGCGACCGUAAGCACGCCCGCAGCGGCGUUGGGCAGCUUGGACGUCGUCUUGGUAAAGGCCUUGAGAAAGUUG